AGUGGCUUGAGUUCCUUUUCAGAUGCUUAUAGUCAUCACGUACUUUCCGAUUUUCGCUCAUGAGCACAGAUGAAGCCCUUCAAUUUACAAAGAAACAUCUAUUCCAGCCGAUAAAAAGGAUAAUUACAGAGAUAUUAACAUCCUCCUAACGCACAUAGCUGGUGAAAGUUCAUCUAAGAUGAUGCACAGAAACGUGACUUAUUUUGUUAUGAGUACUCUUGCGCCAUUUUGCAUAACAACUGGUGUAAUCUCUGACGUUGCUAUUGUCAUCAGGAGAAUAUGAAUACAUUUGUGCCUUAAAAAGGAAAACUCUUAUGUUCCCACGGUCAAGUUCUUUCACGAACCUAACAACACACGGAGUCAAAAUUUACAUAAACAAGUUUUUGGCAGGAGUUUGACCUGAGGUAGAAAGUGGCUUGUUAUAUCUACGAAACCUCAAAGGCUUGAACUAAGAAUGACUGAUCUUAUCUUGGUGUUCGGUGUUUUAGCGCUCGCACCGCCCCUUGUAAUAGGAGCUUCCAAGCCAUUACCCACAGUAUACAUCCAAAUGGAUCUUAAAUACACGUGGUCUGAGUUUUGUCUUUUAGAAACCUAUUUCAAGACAAAAAUGGCCGAUUUAGUGCUGGACCAAUACGGCCACUACCUCAACGUCUCGCAGAUAUACUUAAACAAUUUUGACGAAAACUGUCCUCCGAAGAACAACGUCGACAAAGCUUCGAUUAAGUUUUACAUCAUUAAGUCGGGCGGAACCUACGAUGCAGUCGAUAAAAAUGCGACCAUAAAAGCGUUCGAGACUCUUCAUUAUUUAACUGAAAAUAAUCUUGGAGUACUUGUUGGACCGCUUUUUCAGCGAAAGAUCGAAAAAGUGGAGGCCAAGGGCGAGGAUGCCCCACCUAAGCCAACCGGCUUUACAGAGCUGGAAAGAACCUAUAUUGCCAUAGGGAUUGCCUGUGGGAUUUUGGCCGUCGUUGUUUCAAUAACCAUAAUUGCGUACCUCGUCAAAAAUAAAAACAACGGAGGUAGAACUGACGAAAAUAAGCCUACACGUGAGUUCAUUGAGGAAGAGAAAAGACUUCGUACCAGCUCACCUCUCGAUAUCAGUGAAACAAAGUUUUAAUGUUCAUUUUUGCACAGAUGUGUUCUGCUACGCCUACAAGAGAUUAGUGUGCUAAAGAACUGAUAAACGAGUCAUUUCUUCGUUUACUACUGUUCAUAAUCUUGAUCCAGAUUCAAUUCAAUACACCUGCAAUUGAUUGCUAUAACGCAUUGCUUUUUGUAGUAUUUCUUCGUCAACGCGCGAACACUUUUCAUGGCCAACAUUGUGGUCAAAGAUCCAACCCAGAUAUAUUAGGACUCGCGUCUCUUGAGUCUCACGAGUUCUAGAUGUAGAAAACUGUAGAUAAGAAAGGACAUCUGGGUAAAUUCCUCGAUUCAAUGUCCUAGACAAGUCUGCCCAGGUCCAUCACUAAUAUUUGCGUUAGCACUGUUUCUAAAAGUGCACAGCGGAAAGGAAAUAGAAUUGAGUUUCCAGUAAAAGGGUGGGGGUAUUUAAAGCUUGUUUGAAGUUGCACUUGGCAUAAUAGUCCACAGUACGUGAGUCUUUACUUUUAUGUUCACGCGUAAAGUUUCAUAAUCUGAUUACAUCUUUUAGUCAAUAAUCAUAACGAUAUACUCACCAGUUUCCCUAACAAUUCAGUGUUCUUAUCCACGGUGGAAUGUAGUUUCUUUACUAGCUAUAAACAGCACUCCUGGAUGAGCCAGUUCUUAUUUUACGAGAAUGAAUUACCAUUCGUUUAGAAGAUACGUGAAAGCUGACGAUGAAAGUGGAGCUCAAAGCAUUAACUAUUCGUAAAUGUUGUUUUCGUACGGGUUGUACAGGUUGUACGCAACAGCCGGCCGUCUGACAACAGUUUGUGUGUAAGUGUUUAUUCCCAGUGCAAGGUUACUCCAAAAGGUGUAAAUAUAAAACCAUAGUAUAGUGCUCAAUGACACAAUUAAAGGGUAGUCGUGUUCUGCUAAUUCAACUAUCAAUCUCAUAUAUCGACGAUGAAAAGGGAAGACGAACCCCUUUAAAGGUCGUUUUGGUGCGUCAAAUUUCAUGAUAUUGAUCAAAUAAGCAGCAAACUUGGUUUAAACUCAUUGUAUAGCUGUAAAAUUUACAAACAACAGUUUCUCAAAUAAAAGUAGUUGGGCAAGACUA